AUGAAAACGAAAAGGAGCCUUUAUUCGAAAGAAGCUUUAACUAAAGCUAUUGAAGAAUAUAAAAAUGGUUCUACAUCAUCAGAGUUAACAACUAAAUAUGGAAUUCCAGGUAGUACAAUUCGUAAUCAUAAAUCCAAUUCAAAAUUAAAAGUUGGUGGUGGUCGUCCAACAUUAUUAACAGAUCAACAGGAACAAUAUUUGGUGGAAUUAUUAAUAAACCUCGAACUGGUUGGAGUUCGUUUGACAAAACCGGUAGUUAUAAAAUUAUCAUCCGAAUAUGCACAAGCUGUUUCUGAUAAAGAUAUUCAAGUUGGUCGUAAAUGA